GUUGUUUCCCACCUCCUCUCUCUUCUCCAUCUCAACGAUUCUUCUCUCGAGAUUCACCAGCACCACCCUGAAACCCCGCUCCGUUAUCGUUUCAUUUCUCGAUCCAGAAACCCUAGAUUCCUAGGGUUUUUUAUCUCCUCAUUCGCGAAAAUGCCUCUCAGGCUCGAAAUCAAGAGGAAACUUGCGCAGAGGUCGGAGAGGGUGAAGUCGGUGGAUCUGCAUCCAACAGAACCAUGGAUUCUAGCGAGUCUGUAUUCGGGGAGUGUCUGCAUCUGGGAUUACCAAUCACAGACUAUGGCAAAGUCAUUUGAGGUCACUGAACUGCCUGUACGGUCUGCAAAAUUUAUUGCCCGAAAGCAGUGGAUUGUAGCUGGGGCAGAUGAUAUGUAUAUUCGUGUUUACAAUUACAAUACGAUGGACAAGGUUAAUGUUUUUGAGGCACACACAGAUUAUAUCAGGUGUGUGGCUGUCCAUCCGACCCUUCCAUAUGUGUUGUCAUCAUCUGAUGACAUGCUGAUCAAGCUCUGGGAUUGGGAGAAGGGUUGGAUAUGCACUCAGAUUUUUGAAGGACAUACUCACUAUGUGAUGCAAGUCACUUUCAACCCCAAAGACACGAAUACUUUUGCAAGUGCUUCUCUUGAUCGCACAAUAAAGAUCUGGAAUCUUGGUUCUCCUGAUCCAAACUUUACAUUAGAUGCACAUUUCAAGGGAGUAAACUGUGUCGAUUACUUUACUGGUGGUGAUAGGCCAUAUCUAAUCACUGGUUCUGAUGAUCAUACGGCCAAGGUCUGGGAUUAUCAAACCAAAAGCUGUGUACAAACUCUGGAGGGCCAUACACACAAUGUUUCUACUGUUUGUUUCCAUCCCGAGCUUCCUAUAAUAAUCACGGGUUCAGAGGAUGGGACUGUUCGAAUAUGGCAUGCAAUGACAUAUAGACUUGAGAACACAUUAAAUUACGGUCUUGAGCGAGUUUGGGCUGUGGGGUACUUGAAAGGUUCAAGGAGAGUAGUAAUUGGAUAUGAUGAAGGAACCAUAAUGAUUAAACUUGGACGGGAAGUGCCAGUAGCUAGUAUGGACAACAGCGGUAAGAUCAUAUGGGCAAAGCAUAACGAAGUCCAAACUGUCAAUAUCAAGACAGUUGGGGCAGAGUAUGAGGUUACAGAUGGUGAAAGAUUGCCUUUGGCUGUUAAGGAGCUGGGGAGCUGUGACCUCUAUCCACAAAGCUUAAAGCAUAAUCGCAAUGGUAGAUUUGUGGUUGUCUGUGGAGAUGGUGAAUACAUUAUCUAUACAGCGCUGGCAUGGAGAAACAGAUCUUUUGGCUCUGCUCUCGAGUUUGUAUGGUCAUCUGACGGUGAAUACGCAGUCAGGGAAAGUACAUCAAGAGUUAAAAUUUUCAGCAAAAACUUCCAGGAGAGGAAAAGCAUAAGACCGACCUUUUCUGCUGAACGCAUCUUUGGGGGAGCUUUGCUUGCAAUGUGCACAAAUGACUUCAUUUGCUUUUAUGAUUGGGCUGAAUGCAGAUUGAUACGUCGUAUUGAUGUUAAUGUCAAAAAUCUCUAUUGGGCUGAUAGUGGUGACCUACUUACGAUAGCGAGUGAUUCCUCCUCCUACAUUUUAAAGUAUAAUGGAGACAUUGUAUCUUCUUAUCUUGAAAGUGGUAAUACGUUGGAUGAACAAGGUGUUGAGGAUGCUUUUGAAACACUUCAUGAAAUAGAUGAGCGAGUGCGAACUGGACUAUGGGUUGGGGACUGUUUCAUUUACAAUAAUUCUUCAGGAAGAUUGAAUUACUGUGUUGGUGGAGAGGUUACCACCAUGUUCCACUUGGACCGGCCUAUGUACUUGUUGGGAUAUCUUGCUAGUCAGAGUAGGGUGUAUCUCAUUGACAAGGAGUUCAAUGUUAUGGGGUACACUUUAUUACUUAGUUUGAUUGAAUAUAAAACACUAGUGAUGCGUGGGGAUCUGGAUCGUGCUAAUGAAGUUUUGCAGUCAAUUCCAAAGGAGCAUCACAACAGUGUGGCCCAUUUCUUGGAAUCUCGAGGCAUGCCAGAGGAUGCUUUGGAAGUGGCAACAGAUCCUAAUUACAGAUUCGAUCUUGCUGUGCAGCUUGAGCGGUUGGACAUUGCACAGGCUAUAGCUUUGGAGGUCCAAAGCGAGUCAAAAUGGAAGCAGCUAGGAAAGCUUGCAAUGUCUAAUGGGAAGGCUCCAAGACCAGCCCCCAUCUCCUUCCUCAAUUGGCAGCGAGUGAUGGGACAUCGGCCUGGUGGUUAUUCAACGGCAGAGGAUUUGCCGGCGAUCAGGAAUCAAAAAUCAACACUCAAACCCAAUUUAAUUUCUUAUCAUCAUUUGAUUUCCUUACAUUUUUUAGAAUAAAUUGGGUUAGAAGUAAGUAGGUUAUACCUUAAGUUGCACUUGUCCAUCUUCCUCUUCUUAUCCCAAUCUUUCUCAAAUUUCUUCUCUCCCCAUCUCUCUGUUUCUCUCUGUUUCUUGAAGAAAAAACAGACUAAGAGUUGGGAAAGAUUAAUGGUUUCUUUCUUUUUUUUCCUUUUCUUUUGUCUAUUUUCAUGAGGAGGUGCCGUCUCAGUUUUGCCACCGAAACUGCUUUAACUGAUAGCUUGGGAGCUCAUGGUGAGAGAUUUAUGAGCUUUACAGAAAAACCCCUGUAAUUAUUCCUAUAUAGAUAACUCUCGUAUGACAAAAAAAUGAGUUAAACUUUAUUUAUUUUGGCAUACUACAUUAGUUGUCUUCCUUAAUCAUUAAUUGCAUGUUUCCUUUAGUUAUUAUGUGAUAAAAUUUGUUGAUUCAACUACUGUGCUGUAGGAUUGUAGAAAACACACAAAAAUGGAAAAUAUUACUAGUGUAUGAUGAACUUCAAAAUCGUUCCUAUUUAUUUGUUGUAUUACUUUUCCGUUCUUUUUGUUUAGUCAUUCUGUGGGUUGUUGAUUAUACUCUGGUUCCACCUUAUAUGCUUCUUCUUUGAUGAAUGCAUUUACAUGCCCCACUUUAUACUUCUUGAUAAGGCCUUAUUCUAUAAGUUACUGCAUUUCCCUUGCUGUCCCU